CAUUGCCCCGCCUCUUUUUUUGUUCGGCCCACAAGUUCUUCCCAUCGAACUGUGGGAUCGGUGCAUCAAACCAGCUUCGUUCCUCCCUUUUCUCCCACACUCUCGCCCCAGAAGCAAUUAACUGUCCGACUCUUCUACCUUAAAAUCAACUUCCACCUAACAAACAACUCCUCUCCUCGUUGUCUUUUGUCCACAACAGGCUUCGACAAAACACCAUCACCUUUGCUCUCACGAUCUGGGAAUCGCGUGGGCUGAAAGUAACGACCUCAUUCUCUUCUUUUAUUAAUCUUUCGAUACCUAACCUACGUAAUCCAUCACAAUGGAGGAGGAAGUUGCUGCCCUCGUUAUCGACAAUGGUUCGGGUAUGUGCAAAGCCGGUUUCGCCGGUGAUGAUGCUCCCCGAGCUGUUUUCCCAUCUAUUGUCGGUCGUCCCCGUCAUCAUGGUAUCAUGAUUGGUAUGGGCCAGAAAGACUCGUAUGUCGGUGACGAGGCACAGUCGAAGCGUGGUAUCCUAACGCUGCGAUACCCCAUCGAGCACGGUGUUGUCACCAACUGGGAUGACAUGGAAAAGAUCUGGCAUCACACCUUCUACAACGAGCUGCGUGUGGCUCCUGAGGAGCACCCCGUCCUGCUCACAGAGGCUCCUAUCAACCCGAAGUCCAACCGUGAGAAGAUGACCCAGAUUGUCUUCGAGACCUUCAAUGCUCCCGCUUUCUACGUCUCUAUCCAGGCCGUUCUGUCCCUGUACGCCUCCGGUCGUACCACCGGUAUCGUGCUGGACUCUGGUGAUGGUGUCACCCACGUUGUCCCUAUCUACGAAGGUUUCGCCCUUCCUCACGCCAUUGCCCGUGUCGAUAUGGCUGGUCGUGACUUGACCGACUACCUCAUGAAGAUCCUGGCUGAGCGUGGAUACACCUUCUCCACCACCGCCGAACGAGAAAUCGUGCGAGACAUCAAGGAGAAGUUGUGCUACGUCGCUCUUGACUUCGAGCAGGAGAUCCAGACUGCUGCCCAGAGCUCCAGCUUGGAGAAGUCCUACGAGCUUCCCGACGGCCAGGUCAUUACUAUUGGUAAUGAGCGAUUCCGUGCCCCUGAGGCUCUGUUCCAGCCUUCUGUCCUUGGUCUUGAAAGCGGUGGUAUCCACGUCACCACUUUCAACUCCAUCAUGAAGUGUGAUGUCGAUGUUCGAAAGGACCUGUACGGAAACAUUGUCAUGUCUGGUGGUACUACCAUGUACCCUGGUCUGUCCGACCGUAUGCAGAAGGAGAUUACUGCUCUUGCCCCGUCUUCCAUGAAGGUCAAGAUCAUUGCUCCCCCUGAGCGAAAGUACUCUGUCUGGAUCGGUGGUUCUAUUUUGGCAUCUCUAUCUACCUUCCAGCAAAUGUGGAUCUCUAAGCAGGAGUACGAUGAGAGCGGUCCCUCGAUCGUUCACCGCAAGUGCUUUUAAGCUUCUUAAACACCACGUGUCCGAUAACUUCUCACGAGCCCGCGAUGUUCCCAACCGGAGCAUGAGCAUUGCGCAGCUCCUACCGUUGCGAAUGUAUCCCAGUCGAGACUCGUAUCUACAAAAGGUUCUGAUAGUGGUCCGGAGAUUAGGGCUGUAUUACUCCAAGAGAAAAGAGAAUAUGAGGUGCUUUACUUUUUAGGAGGCCGUUCAAGCACGGGGUGGACUAGACAAUUCCAGCCGAGGUUGAUCAUAUACUACUUCUGUUUUUCCGUUCUCAAGUAAUAAGCCUGGUGUGAACAAUGUGAACCACAACACUUUAAGAGCCUAGACUUGUCAUUGCGUGUUUAAAUAGUGUAGAGUUGAUUGUAAUUUACGAUUGCCAAGCCCAA